AUGGCACAUUACCCUGACUCAUCUUAUUUCGAAUUUUACCAGUCCGCAGACGCCUUGCUCAAACUUACAUCAAAGCCGACGAGAUAUUCGACCAAGCACAGAAGAGCAUUCCCCAAGUUUGAAAGUAUAUUAGGUUCUCCCGACGAGGAUGAUCAGUUCCUGAAUUGGACCAAGUACAAAACAAAGACAGAUGGAACUGCAAUCCCUCAUGUUAAACUUCACCUCUCAAUCGGUUUCGCGGCAAUUGCUACAACGGCAACGGCUCUUGUCAGCAUCCUGCAUGAAUUGGCUGCCAACACUGAUUUGGUGGAAAUCCUUCGAAAUGAGAUUGAAGAGGUAUCCCCUCAGGGAAGUGAUUUUCUCGAUGGGGGAAGUUUAUCAAAGCUGCUUAAGAUGGAUAGCUUGAUGAAGGGAUCGCAAAGAAUUUACCCCUUUACUCAAGUUGCUUCUAUCCGCGAACUCCGAGACGAUAUAACGCUCGAGGAUGGAAAGGUCCGGCUGAAAAGGGGUUCUGCCUGUGUCGCCGCAAACAGCGCAACCACGACUGAUCCAAGAUAUUAUUGCAACGACCCUAAUGUUUUUGACCCUCUUCGUUUCUACAAAUUGCGAACACAAUCGACCCAUAGUACUGAUAAGUACAAGUUCACAGCGAUCAAUCAUGAGCUGCUCCCUUGGGGUUAUGGCAGACAUGCUUGUCCAAGCCGAUUUCUAGCUCAUGAUACAAUGAAAAUUACACUGGCAUUGUUGAUUACGAAGUAUGAUAUACGACUAAGCAGCAAAUCCAAAAUCCGACCUCCGCCCUGGAGGUUUGGUCACACGAUUAUUCCUGAUCCUACUGUAGAGUUUGAAUUCAAAAGUCGAAAGGUUUAG